CGGCCAUAUUUAACAGUAGUAGGGAGCCACACCGCCAACCUAUGUCGGGUCUUCCCUUGUGACAAUUGAUGUAAACAAUAGCAGGCAGCCAUGCCGUGUAUACAGAUUCAAAGUUAUGACUGGAUUACGUCUGAGCGGGAGCGGUACCCUAUAUUAUGGGCAGCCUACAGUGGGGAUCUCGCCGGGCUUCAACGACACCUGGCAAAUGUGAAGGACGUUGCAGGGGUCAACGACGUCCAGUCAAAAACGUCCGUGCUUGGUUGGGCGGUAGUUGGUGACCAAGUGGCCACCAUUAAAUACCUGGUUGACAAAUAUCCAAAGCUGUUAACUUUAACAAACAAGUACGAAGCAUCUUCAAUCUUCUUGUGCUCUGUAUCAGGGAAUGUAGACAUGUUUAAACUGCUGGCAGCGAAAGGCUUGUCACCACACAAGCGGAUCGCAAACCUAGACAAUGUUCUUAUGUUGACAGCAGCCAGAGGUCAUCUAGAGCUCACGCGUCAUAUUGUCAAAACUUAUCCUGAUAUGUUGAAGCAAACUUCAAAAUACAAAAUUGACGUCUUUCUGUACUCGUGUUAUUCCGGGAGCAUUGAAAUGUUUGAUUACAUGCUACAACUCAACUUUGACCCGAGAGUGGCUGAUAUCGACGGCAUCAACUGUCUCAUGAUUGCUGCAUAUUGUGGCCACGAACUUCUUUUGCGAUAUAUUCUUGAUAAUGCUUCAAAAUUUAGUAUCGACAUCACGAAAAGUGACGACGAUGGACUCACUGCGUUAUCAUACUCUAUGAUACGAAAUCAUACCGACAUUUCUCAGAUAUUGGAAACAUAUGAUGUCAAAUCACCUGGUUGGUUUAGAAUUCUGUCCUCUGUUCCACUUCGAUGGCUAACGAACUCCAGAAAAGAAGCAAAGCCGGAGCUGACGAUCGAUGAAUAUUUGAGUCUUUUCUCCGGACGUACAGAGAAAUACAGACACAUCCGGGUUGUAUUUGUCGGACCAGAGAAUGUUGGCAAAACAACCCUUUGUCUUCGGCUUCAGAACAAAGAUGUGGACAUCAGCGUUCGGCGUCCGACUCUGGGGGCUGAGCUAUUCCUUCAGCUGUACGAGAUAGGCUGGGACAGUAAACGUUGGACACAUUUACAUACAAGUAGACCAGAGGAAGUGAUCCACAAGCGGUUAGGAGGAAUGCUCCGAAACACAACGGUACUCUCUGAUAACAAAGGAAAGGACAACGCUGAAAAAGAAGUUGUCCCUUCUGUCGAUGAGACGAGUAACAUUGCAGUAAAGUCUAAAACAGAAGAACAAACACUCCCUGAACCUUCCACUACCGACACGGAGACCGUCAGGCCAAACCUUAAAAAGGUCGACAGGGACGUAACUAGUUACUACUACAUCAGAGUCAAUGACAUGAGUCCAGACUAA